AUGAGAGAGAAGGCGGUACAAUAUGAGAACAGAGAGAUCAGCAGAGAUGAGUAUGACUUUGCGGACAUGAUGGAGCGCAAUCGCACUCACAAUGUCGCAUUUAUUAUGCAAAGUGCCGGGGAAAUCGUCAUCCUUGCUGUGCUGGCUAAGUUCGCAAUACUAUUCGCUUUGGAUGUCAAUGCCAGUGCUGCAAACAAUCUGUGGGGCCUUUCCGUUCUCAUUGCAUAUGCAACGGGGGUCUGGAUCGUGCUUGCCAUCCCCUGGUUCAUCCUGGAGAAGAGGCGACUUGGCCAAAAACUCCCGCCUGGAACAAACAUCAUCAGCGUUGGCUUUUGGAAUAUUUGGCGUGCCUUGGUCCGAAUCUGGGAGCUGAAGCAGAGCCUGCUGUGUCUUAUCGGAUAUUUCCUCCUAGGCGAUUCAUUGAACACGACGGUCACUGUAAUUGCUACUCUGCAAAAUUCGGUCAUCUCGUACAGUACGCUGACAUUAACUUACCUGCUGAUUGUGGGGAUUGUGGCUCAAGGUGCCGGCAUUCUUGCUUACUGGCUCAUUCAAAAACGCUCCGGAUUCAGCACCAAAUCAAUGUUCAAUGCAGUGAUGCUAGGUGUACUCAUUCUUGAUGGCUGGGGUGUUAUAGGUAUUUGGUCGCAGUCAUUCGGCUUUGACCACGAGUAG